UCAUGUGACGGGGGCGGUGGUGGUCGGCACUGAGUCUGGCUUUGGUGGCGGAGCGGCGCUGCCGGGGUCGGGGAUGGCGGUCGACAUCAAGUUAAAGCGGGCGAACAAGGUGUAUCGUGAGGGGGAAACACUCUCUGGAGUGAUUAUUUUAUCCAGUAAAGAGCCCAUCCAACACCAAGGUAUCACCUUGACCAUGGACGGUGCCGUUAGCCUCCAGCUCAGUGCAAAGAGUGUUGGUGUAUUUGAAGCUUUCUACAAUUCUGUGAAACCUAUCCAGCUUAUCAGCAAUAAUAUAGAAGUAGCCAAAGCAGGAAAGCUUCCCAGUGGCCGGACAGAAAUCCCUUUUGAAUUCCCACUGAAAGUGAAAGGCGGUAAAAUCCUCUAUGAGACGUAUCAUGGGGUGUUUGUAAAUAUACAGUACACACUCCGGUGUGACAUGCGACGACCACUCCUUGCGAAGGACUUGAUGAAGAGCUGUGAAUUUAUUGUGCAUUCGCUGCCUCAGAAAGGGAGGUUAACCCCCACCCCUGUGGAUUUCAGCAUCACCCCUGAGUCCCUGCAGAAUGUCAGAGAGAGGACGCCGCUGCCUGGAUUCAAAAUCCGCGGCCGCCUCGACUCCACAAACUGCAUCAUCACCCAGCCACUGACUGGCGAGUUAGUGGUGGAGAAUCUGGAUGUGCCUGUCAAAAGCAUUGAGCUUCAGCUGGUUCGGGUGGAAACUUGUGGUUGUGCAGAAGGUUACGCCAGAGAUGCCACAGAAAUUCAGAACAUCCAGAUAGCUGAUGGCAACGUUUGUCAAGAUUUGGCCAUACCUAUCUACAUGGUGUUUCCCCGACUCUUUACUUGUCCCACGCUGGAAACAACAAAUUUCAAAGUCGAAUUUGAGGUGAAUAUUGUGGUGGUUCUCCAGGACGAUCACCUGAUCACCGAAAAUUUCCCGCUUUAAAAUCUACCGUUUUUGAGUUCUGCAUGGACAGAGCUACUGAUUUGAUGUGCAGCAUCAGAGUUGACUAAAGACUUUCACUUGUUGGAAAACCUAUUUGCAUUCCAUUCUGAGAAGCUCAUUUCCUAUAAAACCUGGCUUGUGUAUUUGAGAACUGGAUAAUUUUUCUUAUUUAAAAAAAAAUAAAUAUUUUGCACAGUUGUCUUUU